AUGCACGGGACCCCGUCGACGGGGACUCCGCGGGGCACGCCAUCCGGAAGGGGCCGCUCACCUCGCACGCCCGGCCACUCCUCCCACUCUCCUACCAAUUCUGGCGUCGCUCAGGGCUCAAUGGCUCCCACUACAUCGUUUUUCUCGUGCCUCAGUAUCCCUGUCGAGGGUGCUAUUCCCAUCGACGACGGCACUUCUGGCAAGACGCCCGUCGAGAUGCCUCUCGCCACGGAGUCCAAGAGAGCGCCCAGAAAAUCGAAGAUGGAUGCUAUGGCUGCGAUGAGCGCCAGCGCAAGGUCCAGGUCUGUCGAUCUCGACGAAAUGGCUGCCAACGGUCCCCUCGCCGAGAAAUACUACAACCGCCCUCCCAUUCCCAUUUCUCCCACGCUCGACCUCAACAGUGUCAAAACUGCGGGACAGGGCGUACCAGCGCCAACAGCAGACCCCACACCGAGACUUUUCGGACUGCAGGAUUGCCCAGAAUAUCAUCCCACGGCAGAGCAGUUCCAAGAUCCCAUGGCCUACAUCCAGUCUAUCGCGGAGGAGGCGAAGCAGUUCGGGAUUUGCAAGGUCGUUCCGCCGCCAGACUGGAAGAUGCCGUUUGUGACGGACACGGAGACUUUUCGUUUCAAGACACGUUUACAGCGGCUGAAUUCAAUCGAGGCUUCAGCUCGGGCGAAGAUCAACUUCCUCGAGAAGCUCUAUCGCUUUCACAAGCAGCAGGGCCAUCCGCGCGUCUCUGUUCCCACCAUCAACAACAAAGCUCUUGAUCUAUGGACGUUGCGUAAGGAGGUCGACAAGUUGGGAGGUUAUGAGGCAGUUACGAAGGCGAAGCAGUGGGCGGACCUCGGUCGGGUUCUGGGAUAUCGAGGCGUCCCAGGCCUAUCGACGCAGAUCAAGAACUCGUACGCUCGCAUCAUCCUCCCAUACGAGCAUUAUAUGGCGAGGGUGAAGAACUCCGCCGCCAUGUCUCCGAUCGUCGCAAGUACCACGCCUGGCGCGGCCGCUCCCUCUACCCCCAGUAAACUCUCCAUCAAUACCGUUCCUUCCGCGAGCAUGAAGGACGAGAGCCCUCCAUCGAGCCCGCUCUCUGCUAUGUCGGACAUCGACGAGGGAGAGCAAGCGAGGGACACACUUCCGUCUGCGUCUGAUGCUGCCCGUACGUCUUGGCAAGAACGCAAGGAGAACAAGGGUACACCUGAGCAACACUGCGAGAUCUGCCACAAGAAGAACAACGAGAAGCAGAUGCUCUUGUGCGACGGCUGUGACUGUGGCUUCCACACCUUUUGCCUUGACCCGCCUUUGGAGGCGAUCCCGAAGGAGCAAUGGUUUUGCUUCGCUUGCCUGUCCGGUACGGGCGGCGACUACGGCUUCGACGAAGGCGAAGAACACUGCCUGUCAAGUUUCCAGACUCGCGACAACGAAUUUCGUCGUAUGUGGUUCGAGGGGCAUCCUCCGCCUGCGGACUAUCCCAAAGGCCCCGUCACCAACAAGAUCGGAGACGUCGAGGUGCCCGAGUACUACUUGGAGGAAGAGUUUUGGCGCCUCGUUCAGUCUACGCAGGAAACUGUCGAGGUGGAGUACGGCGCUGACGUGCACUCUGCGACCCACGGCAGCGCUAUGCCGACGCUCGAGACGCACCCUCUGGACCCGUACUCUAAGGAUCAGUGGAACCUCAACAACAUCCCGAUCGUCGCCGACUCUCUCCUGCGCUACAUCAAAUCCGACAUCUCUGGAAUGACGGUGCCUUGGACGUACGUGGGCAUGACCUUCUCGACCUUCUGUUGGCACAACGAGGACCACUAUACGUACAGUAUUAAUUUCAUGCACUGGGGGGAGACAAAGACCUGGUACGGCAUUCCCGGCGAUGACGCGGAGCGCUUCGAGGCAGCCAUGAAGAGGGAAGCUCCGGAUCUCUUCGAAGCACAGCCAGAUUUGCUCUUCCAGCUGGUCACGCUCAUGAACCCGAAGCACGUCCGCGAUGCCGGUGUCCGCGUCUAUGCUUGCAAUCAGCGCGCUGGCGAGUUCGUGUUGACGUUCCCGAAGUCCUAUCAUGCGGGCUUCAACCAUGGGCUCAACUUCAACGAGGCGGUAAACUUCGCGCUUCCCGAUUGGUUGUCGUACGACCGGGACUGCGUCGAGCGCUACCGGCGGCAUAGGAAGAUGCCCGUGUUCUCGCACGAUGAGCUGCUUGUGACCAUCACGCAGCAGGCCCAGACGGUCAAGGCGGCUACGUGGUUGCUCGACAGCCUCAAGGAGAUGACAGACCGCGAAAUGGCGGAUCGUCAGAGCGUCCGGGCCCGCGGCAUCAAGGAGCGCGUUGAAGCCGAGGAUAGGCCCGAAGAGCAGUAUCAAUGCGCGGUCUGCAAAGUCUUCUGCUACCUGUCUCAAGUUGUUUGCCCCUGCAGUCCGACGCGCGUUGUUUGCGCCGAGCACGUCGACGCCCUCUGCCAGAAGGCCACUUCCCCCGAGCACCUCACACUCCGUCUGCGGUUCAGCGAUCACGACCUGUAUAGCACUCUUGCUACAGUGCAGGAGCGGUCGAGCGUGCCGGCGCAAUGGCGUCAGAAGUAUCGAUCCCUGAUCGCCGAGACUGCCCGUCCACCUUUGAAGACCUUGAAGUCUAUACUGGCCGAGGGCGACAAGAUGGGCUGUGCUGUCCCCGAGCUGCUCACCCUUCGCAAGUGCGUCAUCCGCGCUGGAGAGUGGCUCGACGAGGCCACCCACUUCCUGCAACGGAAACAGAACCGCAAGCGCACGAAGCGUCGUGGCCGCCCGAGCGCAGCAGCUGCUGCUGCUCAGGCAGCGGAGGACGAGAAGCUCGAGAAAGGUCUCGAUGACCUUCUACAGCUGCUGAAGGAAGUGGAAGAUAUGGGCUUCGACACUCCUGAGAUCGCCGCGCUUCGCGUUCUCGCCGAGCGAGCGGCAACUCUGCAGCAGCGUGCUCUCGACAUUCUGCAGCAGUCGCGCGGCGAGCACGACCGGCCGAAGCUCAUCGAGGACGCGAAGGCCCUGUCGGCCGACGCAUCUUCGGUCAACGUCGCUCUCGAAGAGGUUCAGGCCGUCGAGCGGAUUGUGGAGAGGGAGGAGCUGGAGAAGGAGCUGGAGAAUUUGUAUGGCGGCGACGACCCUAUGCUCUCGAUGGAGCAGGUCCGCGGUCUACUCUCGCGUGCCCGGGCUUGCGGCCUUACGAACGAGAACAAGUACGUCGAAAUCUUGGAGGCGAAGGACAAGGAGGGCGGUGACUGGGAGGAGAAGGCGCAGGCGAUACUGCAUGCAGAGGUGAAGACCGUCGCCGACCUGGAGCUCUUCUCAGGUGCGGACGGGGUUGUUCCUCCUGUCGUUCCCAACGUCCUCGCACGUUUGCGCACCCUCUACGACCGCGCGAAAGACUACGAGAAGCAGGUCGGCAUCUGGCUUGGCGCGGACGACGAAGUCACAGCGAACAAGCCCACGCUUGCCGACGUUCACAGGUUCAUCGACAAGGUCGAGAAGGAGUUCAGGAUCGACAUGGUCGAGGAUCUCAAGCGCGCCGUCAAGAUUGCCGACGAUCUCGAGAGCAGGUGCAAGCAGGUCAUCAACCACAAGUACCAGCCUGGCGAAGACGAUAUGUUCGAGACGAUCUCGCAGUGGACGACGUACGCCCGCAAUCACCUGUCGCUGUUCCAGCUUCCCUUCUUUCAGAAGCUCGACAGCCAGCUCGAGCAACAUAGGGCUUGGCUGCGCGAGAUCCCGUGGUACUGCGACGGACACCUGACGGCGCACGGAUCCGACCUUCUGAAGGAUGUCAUGGACGCAACACGGCCAGAGGAUGACUUCGCGCCGGCCGACGAGUACUUCACUUGUAUCUGCGACUUGCCCGUUCGACCACCCGCGGAGGGCGAAGUCAACACCGCCGUACAGUGUGAUCAUUGCUACGCUCGCUUCCACGCCGAGUGCGCCAACAACGGAGGCUCAUGCCCGUUCUGCGAUCACCACCAUUGGAACGGCCAGAUCCCUCGUGCUCGCACGUGGCAUUUCUGCUACCUCCCUAGCAUACUCCUCAAGGCGCCGGCUCUCACGAAGCAGUAUUCUCGCGAAUGGCGGGAACUCGAGGUCAUCGUUCAUCGAGUGGACCGGCUUUCCGCCUUGAUUGGCCAGUUCCUCGCGUAUUGCAGCCAGCCCGUAAACCAGCGCCCUGAGCAUAUCCCUCAGGUGCGCCACUACAUGCGCAAACUGUGGCGGAUUCAGUUCGUCGUGUCUCCAAACCCGGACGUGUCUUUUGGACUGGAUCUCGCCGGCCUUCAUCGCCUACUUGCUGGUCGGCCAGGGCACAAAACAAAGCGGAAGCGCAGGCCUAAGUUCUUGUUCGGGCAGGACCAAGAUAGGGACUGGGUAGACGGGACGCGCUGUAUUUGCCGCGCUCUCGCAGAACGUAGCAAAACCCUCCCCAUCAUACAGUGCGUUCAUUGUCGGCGGAAGUACCACGGGCCUUGCGUCUUCUUUCCGGAGGGCGUUGACAGCAAAGACUUCCUCUGUCCCCUUUGCUGUGUGCGCAAGAAUAGGCGCUAUGCGUGGGGAGAUGUUCGAGUGAAGCCAAUUGAACCAGAUGCGCAGGGGUACCCCCGAGACGUGUACGUUGAUGUCGCCAAGAUGACAGAGACGCACGCGAAGGAGCAGAUCUAUGUCAAGCUUGCCGAGCCUCGGAUGUCAACGCUCAUCCUCGAGCUCAUCAAGUAUAUACCGGCGCAGUUGCCCCCCGAGGCUAUGAAGAAAGAGUCGAGUAGCAAACCGGGCGAUGGUACACCCGCUCCUGCAUCCGGUCCGCCAGCACCUGUCAUGCCAUCGCAGGCGUCGACGCCACAGGCCGCAAGUGCAGGCCCGCCGCCUCCGCCAUGGCAAGCGUCGAGCGCAAGGACCCAGAAGCCGGACCAGCAGGGGAACCCUCGGCCAAAAGGAGAGCUACCGAAACUGGCUCACCUUCCCAGGCCCAAGCUCGGUCACCAUCCAUCUCCAUGCACGUAUCGCCCGGACACCAAUCCUCGCCUCGUACUGCAUAUGCGCAGGGCCCGAUGCCUGCUCAGCAGGGGCCGCCAAUGUCUCCCCGGCAAGGCCCGCCGGUGA